ACAAACGAAUCAGAAGGAAAAAAUUCUAGUUGGAUCUUGGAUGUAAAACCGCAAAAGGUUGUCACUUUAUCAAUUGGCAACUGGAUAUCUGCUGACCCUGCUUUGCUAUACAAAACGACGUCGUUCUAUAUAAUUGACUUCAAAUUUGUAAAAACCCUUCUCACCGAGAAUCUCUCUUGCUACAAUUGCUUCCAUUUCUCAUAUCUUCCUCCUUGAUUUUCUCCUCUUUUAUUAUUGUAAAAGAAAAAAAAAAUCAGAAAAUAAUUGAGUAAAACGCAGAGAAUUAGCAGUAAAACGACAUGCAAAACGGAGGCAGUAGCAGCAACGGCGGCAGAGAGGCGCGGCAGCCGUUGUCGGAGGUGGUGGCCGACUGUGUGAUGCGGUGGUUUCAAGACACUCUCAAGGAGGCUAAAGGCGGCGAUACUAAUAUGCAAGUACUCCCAGAGAUGUCCAAAAGUUGCUUCUUGAUAGCUUUGGUUUGUGCCAUGAUGUUGCUUAUUUGUUUGAGAUCAUGUCUCACUAUUUAUGGGUUUCAGGCAAAAGUAUGGAUGUCAAAGGCUUCUAGGGUAAGAUCAUCAGUUUGGAGAGUGGGCGAAAAGCACCCUGGCUAUAACGCAAGUGAUUCAGAUUCUGAUGAAUUGAUGGGCAGAGGACAAUGACUAAGUUUUUCGGACAUUGGUAACUAAGUGAGUUUUAACUACUUUGGCACUGGCCUUCUAGUUGAGACUUUAUAGGUAGAGAUAUUUCUUUUUGUAUUACAACUUUUUGUAUGCACACUUUGUGGUGAUGGUGUAUGAUAUAUUUCUAGUGCAAUUUUUAAUCAUGAUGUCUGAUUAAUCCAUUGUAUUUAUAUUGAUUGCAUUUUUUUCGACUUCUUGCUCUUCUUUUGCUUAAGCUGAUUUGGUCAUCUUAUAUAACUUUUUCAAUCAAAUCAUUAAACCUGGACUCUCUCCAAACUUAACCUCUACUUCGCUCACCUCAAACCCUAGAAUAAAAGGAAGAAAAAGAGGGGAAGAGGGUCAGAUAAUGGUCUUGGAAGGGAUUGGAAUGCGUGUUGAGUAAAUGUGAAAAAAAGGGAGAGGCCUUCAGAGGGCACUAAGAUAUCCUUAUGGUGCUCUUCCUUGGAAGGGAGAAUGUAGAAGGGGCAACAAUAGGAUAAAUUUGGAAAAUUGGGAGUUGGUUGGAACCUAAAACUUAGGAGGCACCUGUGCUCUCCUUUGGGCCCUAAGGUGCUCCUGAUGACAGGAAGAAGUUCAUAUAUAUAAUUAGUGUGAUUCCUCAGAAGCUGGUGUAGCCGUGUUGAAAAUGAACCUAGGAUUUUUUUUUUUUUUUUUUCUCUGGAUCUGCCGGUGGAAGAUUGAUAAAUGACUGUCGUGGUGAUAAAGCUCAUCUUCUUGUAAAAUUCUUUUGGAACUCGGAGAUGAAUGGCUCGAGUUUCCCUCAGAGGCUACUGAUCCAUCUCCGCUGGAGCUUUAACAAGCUCAUGCUGAUAAGCAAUAUUCUAGGAUUGGCAUGUUUUUGAAAGAAUCUCGUCCAUCAGGAGUCUGGUGCCAUGUGUGUGGAUUAAUCAAAGUUUUGGUAGGUAGAUACCUACUUGACCCUGAAUUUGAAGCAGUGACCAUGUCUAGUGAGGUAAGCAUUGAUCAUGCACUGACCCACAUGAAAACAAGCAUAAGUCCUUUGCUCAUGGUGCAUAUUUUGUUGACAUACUUAAUAUGUUAAUUCCAUCUUUUCAAGUUUGUAUUAGCAGUUGAAAAUUGUUUAGAUAUGGGUUGUGAUGAGGAAAAGUUGGAGUAUCAUUGAACUGUUGCUGAUAGUUUUGAACGAGUUAAUAAAAAGGACCGUCAUCAUCAAAUUUUACAUCUCUUUCUUCGUUUCCGUUGCUAUUUUCUGAUAAAUGAGGAGCAUCUAAAGCUCUCCUGUUUCUUUUUCCAUGGGACUCCAUUAGAUUGAAGAAUUGAGCAUAAUGCAUAGGGAAGAACUGAUUGGAAGAAGGCAGAUAAAUCCUUUUGUGAUGUUUAUGUAACUUCCUGUACCAGCUUUUGAUGCUGCUUCCAUUUUGCUUGAUGGUUAACUGCCUGAAGUUGGCGAGAAUGACAAAAGACUCAUUACAGAUGCCUAUAUGAUGAGUCAACCUUUUAGUGGAUCCAUCUGCUAGUAUUAAAGGACAUUGGUUGACAUAAGUUACAUAACCAUUAUCUCUUUAAACCACUAUAUAUUGAGAGAGAAGAGAGCACAAGUGACCUCACCACAAUCAGCUGAGCUUGCACUGUACACCUCUAUUAAGUAUUAAGGUCUUUCAUCAUGAAAACAGCAUGCUUACUGUUGCUUCAUGCCACCCAAGUAGAGAACUCAAGUUAGCCUGUUUAACUACCAAAUUUUCCUGAUCUUGGAUUACAUCCAGCCAAACAUAGAAGUAUAGAAUCAACCCUAAAACUGUGAACGUUCAAAUCUCUAUCAAUUUUUUUGAUGUAGUAUUAUGACCCAAGAAAUGAUUGAUUCCCAUCUGAAUUGAAAUCAUAUCUUAUGGAAUCUUCCUAUUCUAUUUGAGUAAACAAUCUUGAAUUUAGGAUCUUAAUACAAUGUUACAAGCAUACCAUCCCAGCUAUAUGAUUCUGUGAUAACUAUACUUCGUAUCAAUCAAUUACAUGUAUUUUUUCACUAAUUAAUUUCUUAUACAUUUUCUGUAUUUUAAAAUUGUUUAAUAGCUGAGAUUAGUGGUGUUACUGGAAUCUUAUUGGUAGUAAUGUGUUAAAGAUUUCCUUAAGUUUAAUCAUCUGAAGAAGUAUUUCUGAAUAAUACAAGAUGUGAGAUUGAUCCUUGUUAGAAUUUAAUUUUAACAAUCUUCUGCUGCACAUUAUCUAUACUAAUAAUUUCAAACAUUAUUUAUACUACUAUUUUCAAAUACCUUAUAUACAAAGCUAAAGAAUGAGUUCUGAACACCUUCUAUGCUCUAUGAUCUCUGUCCUGCUCAAUGUCAUGCAUGGAUUGUAGGGGAGGGAUACAUUAAAAUAUGAUUUUUUUUUUUCCUCUUAUGAAAUAGCUAGAGGACGAAGUAGGGAGAAUUAAA